AUGCCGGAACGCGGCCACCUCGGCCACCUCGUCGUCAUCGGCGGCAACGGCUUCCUGGGCCAUCACAUCAUCAACCUCGCCCUCUCGCAAUGGACCACCCAGUCCGUCUCGUCCAUCGACCUCCGCUGCCAGCAUAACCGCAACGCCGCCGCCUCCUACCACGAAUGCGACAUCACCGACACCGAGCGCCUCUCCUCCCUCCUCCAACACCUCAAGCCCGACGUCGUCAUCCACACCGCCAGCCCAACCGCCAGCGGCGACACCAAAACCGCCAAGGAGCUCUUCAAAAAGGUCAACGUCCACGGCACCCAGUCCGUCAUCGACGCCUGCCGCGCCGCCUCCGUCAAGGCCCUAGUCUACACAAGCUCCGCCAGCGUCAUCAGCGACAACCAGAACGACCUGAGGAACGCCGACGAGCGGUGGCCCGUCAUCCGCGGCCCCCAGCAGCACGAGUACUACUCCGAGACCAAGGCGGCCGCCGAACAGCUCGUCCUCGCAGCGAACCGCUCGCCACCCUCGGAGCUCCUCACCACCGCCCUCCGCCCAGCGGGCAUCUUCGGCGAGGGCGACGUCCAAACCCUCCCCGGCUUCAUAAAGGCCUACAAGAACAACAAGUCGCACAUCCAGCUCGGCGACAACACCAACAUCUUCGACUUCACCUACGUCGGCAACGUGGCCCACGCGCACCUCCUCGCCGCCCACGCCCUCCUCGCCACCGCCUCGGCAGCCACCCGGCCGCUGGACCACGAAAAGGUCGACGGCGAGGUCUUCCUCAUCACAAACGACUCGCCCUGCUACUUCUGGGACUUUGCCCGCGCCGUCUGGCGAGCUGCCGGCAGCGACGCCGGCACCGGCGCCGUCUGGACCCUCGGCAAGGGCACCAGCCUGACCCUCGGCGUCCUGAGUGAGCUCUUCUUCACCAUCAUCGGGAAACCGCCCACCUUCACCAAGACGAGGGCCACCAUGGCAACCAUGACGCGCUACUACAACAUCACAAAGGCCAAGAGCGUGCUGCGCUACGAGCCGCUGUGGACGCUGCAGGAGGGCGUCACCAGGGGCGUGGCUUGGUUUCUGGAGCAGGACAAGAAGAAGGCCUGA